AUGGCUUCUGCGUCAGCGUCACACAGCCGCAAACCGUCAAGCCGCGCUGCCCUUCCACGACGCACGACCAAGGGACCGUUGGACGCGCCAGCAGACCCGCUUGCUGUGUCUGUGGCGUCUCAGCAGCCUCAACAGCUCGUGUCGCUGCAGAGCGAGGUUAGCGAACCACUGGCGCAGACGUCUACAACUGGAAAGUCGUCGACAACGGCACAGCAGGAACAACCUGCACCUGCGGCUCAACAACCUGCCACUCCAGCCGAGGAACGAGACCUGUCCUUUCUUCUUGACUCUUCAAUCUAUCAUGCCCUCUCCCAGGUCGAAGUGCCCGGUCCAUUCCGCAAACCGUUCCUUCCACCUCCCAGUCCGGAAACAUCACUGAGCGCAUCCCUGCAACAACUCGACUCGUUACUCUCACAGUGCGACUUCCUCCGUGCCGCGCAGCUCGCUGGCUCAAUCUUAGUCUCUGGUACCAUUAGACCUACAGAUGCCGAGACGAUUUUUCGAGUCAUGGAGAUUCGAUAUUCUUGUUUGGAGCUUUCUGGUAAUAUAUUGAUGGCUGCUCAGGAGGCCAAAGCGCUAGAGGACCUGAGUUCAGGCUUCUACUACGAUGAUCCACAUCCGGAGAAGGAACCCGAGGAGGACGGGUCCGAACGUCAGUCACGUAAAGUCCCGGAGCACAUCAUGCCAUUUGGUUUACGGUUACAGGCACUGCGACUUCAGAGCCUCGGUUUCUCUGACCCCCGGAGGGGUGUGUCGUCGCUCUACGACGUCGGAUUGGAGUGUAGAGAGCACUUGUCUUCUCCACUCACGACUUUGGAACAGAGGAAGCUGUGGACGCAGAGACUGCGCGAAGUCUCUAUUAGGGUGGUGAAUGCACUCAUCGAGAUGGGCGAUCUGGAUACUGCUGCCAGGACGCUAGAGAGUUUGAAGCCGGGCGAAGAUGAAGAUCUUGCGCUGUGGGUUUCGAGGAUAGUCUUGCUGAGGAUCAAAAUGGGCGAUAUCUCCCGCGCCGAAAAGCUCAUCCAGUCGACCGUUCUCAAUUCACCCGAAAAGAUGGUCCUUCACUCACUGCUGGCGGUCGCCCAAGGUCGAUUCGAUGAAGCUGCGAAGUUGCUCUCCGAGAACGAAACAAGCAUUGAUCCAGCUGUUGCAGCCGUGGUAAAGCAGAAUCUCGCUGUAGCAAAUCUGUACCGUGGGCAGAUCCUAAACGCCAGGCAGCACCUGGAAGAGCUUGUCGAUGCUGGCUAUUCCUUCCGAACUUUGACAAUCAAUCUUGCGACCAUAUACGACCUAACGUCCGACAGGUCCAGGGAUCUGAAGACGUCAAUGGUAUCUCGAAUCGCUAGUCACCAACAGGAAAGGACUGCAAGCCGUUCAUACUUGAAUGCCGACUUCAAACUAUGA